GCGGAGGGAGUAACAAAACGGAAAAAAUGGACUUUGACCGGAGGAAAGCGGCGACGUUAGCGUCGCUGGGAUCGACGGCGACCGACAAGUCACCGAAGGGAACGUUAGACACGCCCAUCAUCCCUCUGCUGGACGCCCUGAACCACCACCCUUCUUACUUCACCACCAGCUCCUGCUCCGGCCGUAUCUCUAUCCUCUCCCAACCCAAACCCGGCGCUGCCUCUAACCCCAACAAGAAGAAAGCUAGAGGAGGCUCCUGGGUCUUUAUCACCCACGAAUUCGCCGACCCCGACUCUGUUAUCUCCCUCCUCUUCCCCAGCUCGCUCGAGUCAGUUCACACUGAGCCAGGGCCGCUCAGUUGUACUCAAGUGAACGACUUGGUGUUCCGUUUUGAACCUCUUAUUAUUGCUGUUGAGUGUAGAGACGUGAAGUCAGCCCAGAAUUUGGUUUCACUGGCUAUCGGUUGUGGGUACAGGGAAUCCGGGAUUACUAAUGCUGGUAAGAGAGUGAUUGUUGGCAUACGGUGCUCAAUACGGUUAGAGGUGCCUCUUGGUGAUACCCAGAAGAUUAUGGUGUCUGAAGAUUAUGUGAGGUUCCUUGUUGGGAUUGCUAAUGAGAAAAUGGAGGCCAAUAGGAGGAGAACUGAAGGGUUUCUUACAGCUUUAAAGGAAGGUGGAUCUGCAAUGAAUGGAGUAUUUGAUAAUGGGAAUUAUGCAGUGUGCAGUAAGGAUGGUGUUCGUGAUGAGGAUCAGGUUGACUUGGAGAGGCCUAAGGAAGAGAGCCAUGUUGGACCUGCAGGAGUUCAUGGCUGCACUUUGUCUAUUACUCAUAUCAUGAUUAAUGGCGAGCCUAAAGAGAAGCUUUUCCUUUGGGGGCAUUCUGCUUGUACAUUGUAUAACAGAAACCAUAAUAAAGUUCUCAUUUUUUCUGGUUUUGGAGGCAUGGGAAGACAUGCACGAAGAAGUGAGACUUUGCUGCUUGAUCUCUUGCGUGGGACGUUGAAAGAAAUCAAUGUUGUGAAUCGUCCUUCACCUUGCUUGGGUCACACAUCAUCUUUGGUUGGAGAUUGCUUGUAUGUUAUUGGAGGGAGGGGUGAUCCACUUAACAUACUAAGUGAUAUUUGGGUUCUUAACACGGUUAAGAAUGAAUGGAGGUUGCUAGAAUGCACUGGCAGUGUUUUUCCUCCCAGGCAUCGGCAUGCAGCAGCAGUUGUAGGUUCAAAGAUAUAUGUUUUUGGUGGACUAAACAAUGAUACAAUCUCUUCGUCCUUCCAUGUCCUUCACACAGAUAAUCAACAGUGGGAAGAGUUACCAGUCAGUGGUGAAUGGCCAUGUGCUCGUCAUUCUCACUCAAUGGUGGCACAUGGGUCCAAGAUAUUCUUGUUUGGAGGAUAUGAUGGAGAGAAAGUACUUGGAGACUUGUACAGUUUUGAUGUUCAAACAUGUUUGUGGAAGAAAGAAAAGGUGGCAGGGCGAAGUCCUCAUGCUAGGUUCUCCCACUCAAUGUUUGUCUACAAAACUUAUAUUGGAGUCAUUGGGGGUUGUCCCGUCAGGCAACAUUGUCAAGAGUUGUCAUUACUUGAUAUUCAGAAUCUCAUGUGGAAGCAUGUCAUGCUUAGUUCAAUUAGUGAAGAACUGUUUGUGCGUUGUACUGCCAAUGUUGCUGGUGAUGAUCUUAUUAUAAUUGGUGGUGGAGCAGCAUGUUAUGCAUUUGGCACAAAGUUUAGUGCACCAAUAAAAAUCAACUUGCUCCCAUUAUUAUCUUUGGAUGACCAUGCUACACAUGUCGAAAAUUCUCUCACUUCAACUGAAACCCCUGAACCACAAAGUUUAAAUGGUGGAAGCCAGUUGGUUGCCUCAAAAUGGGUUCUACAACUUGAAAAAAAAAAUGCAAAAUUUGGGAAGGAUAUAUUGAAGAAGUUUGGAUGGUUAGAUCUUCAAAGAAAGGUUUACUUGCAGGAGGGUGGUCUAUUUAUCUGUUUCCCUGUGAAAGAAAACUUUUGCACUGUAUUCCAAGAAGAGCAGUAUAAUAUGGAAGAGGAAUGCAAAGGCUUGAAAGAUCUUCAUUUCUCUAAACCAUUUAUGGCUGAAACUGUUCUUUUAGAUCAGAUCUCCUCUUCAGCAGCCCUCAAUAUUCUGAAGAAAUAUGGUGCUAAGAGACUGCUAGAUGAGGUUGUUGAAGUGAGAAAAUUGUCCAAAUCUCCAUUAAAAGUAAUGACUGAAGCUGUAGCCUCUCUGAUCAAGGAAAAAGGCUUAUCUGCUGAACUUCUAGAGCAGCUACCAACUAGGUGGGAGCGCCUUGGAGAUAUUGUUGUUCUUCCAGUGACCUCCUUCAAGGAUGCAGUGUGGGAUUCAAUUGGAAAGGAACUUUGGCCCAUUGUUGCUAACUCGUUGCAUGCUAGUCAUCUUGCUCGCCAGGGCCGAGUUGCAUCAACUGGCACAAGAGACAGUAAUUUAGAGAUUCUUGUUGGAGAUAAUGGAUGGGUUGAUCAUCGUGAAAAUGGGAUUCUGUAUUCCUUUGAUGCUACAAAGUGUAUGUUUUCCUGGGGCAAUCUUUCUGAGAAAACUCGAAUGGCCAAUUUGGAUUGUAGAGAUGAGGUUGUUGUGGAUUUGUUUGCUGGAAUUGGAUAUUUUGUGUUGCCAUUCCUUGUAAGGGCUAAAGCAAAGCUGGUAUAUGCUUGUGAAUGGAAUCCCCAUGCUGUUGAGGCACUUCAACGUAAUCUUAAAGCCAAUUCUGUUUCUGAUCGUUGUAUCUUACUUGAAGGAGAUAAUCGGGUUACAGCACCCAAGGGAGUUGCUGAUCGAGUUUGUCUUGGUCUUCUUCCAUCAAGUGAGGGUAGCUGGGUUACUGCAGUGAAGGCAUUAAGGAAUCAGGGUGGGAUAUUACAUGUACAUGGGAAUGUUAAGGACUCAGAGGAGAGAUUGUGGGCUGACCAUGUUUUGAAAUCAAUCUAUGAAAUUGCUAAAUCUGAAGGCCACUGUUGGGAAGUUACCAUAGAGCAUGUGGAGAGAGUGAAAUGGUAUGCUCCACACAUCCGUCAUCUUGUGGCUGAUGUCAAAUGCAUUCAGAUUCAAGGAUGAACAGUUAAAGCAAGAACAGCUACAAGUUGAGCAUCCUUAAACUGCAUUGUUAUUGUCAUGAAUCACGAUAGCCAAGCGUGGAGCAUAAAUGUGACAUUCAAAGUCUUCAACUGCUAGAGGUCUCCUGAUGCCGUGUCCCAGAGAAAACUGGCCCGGUCCUAGCAAGUGCUGGAAAGGAUAAAAGUUCAGUCUUUUGGUUAUGCCAGUAUCUAUGAUUUCUGAACAAAAAUGCUUUGGCGCUUGGAAGAAAAGCUUUGAUAAUCAAUUGAUGACAGUAAUCAUUGAAAUGUUUUGGUUCACUAGUUUCCACUACUGGAGUGCAGCUAAGCGCAUGUAUGAUUCAUCAUUGCAUCCACUUGAGAAUGUGCUUCAUCAGAAGUGCUGUAUUACUGGACUGAAGAUUGUUUAUGAAGAGAUUAGCAGGAUAUGUUGUUUGUUUGAUCGAAUUCCAAUGUGUUUUAUGGAAAAAGAAAAGAUCUUUUGGUUUUUUGUUCUUGAUUUUUCCCAAAAUAUCAAAAAAACAAUAAAAGCUGACUGCUUUU